CUCUUCCACAGUCAAUGCCAAGUUUUAGUAUGCCUCAACCUAUUGGACUCAACAAUUUUGCAUUAGGAGAGCAACCAUUUAGUUUGCCUCAAGCUACUGGUUUCAAUAAUUUUGCAGCAGAACCACAGCGCGGGUCAGUUCCAAACCUUUCCUACAUGAAUAUGAUGUCAAAUACUAGUCCAAGUCCAAUGGGUCUUCUUAAUCAGAAUGCUUUGCCUCAAUCAUACCCAGAAAAUUCAGUGUGGCCAUUCUUAUAUGCAAAUCAGACUUCAGAAACAGGAAAUGGGACCUGAACGUUGCUGCUCAGGAACUCCCUUGAAUUUUUUUUAUCUUACAUUGCAUUUUAGACCACUCAUGGGCAUGGAACUAC